UCGAGAGCAACACCCGUACCCUUCUACGUGAACUGCACCUUUAAACCCACUCGGUCUCAAACCGGACCCCGGAGGCACCACCCACAUCCGUCUAACAUCACUUCCUUCAGGGUUAGAAAAAAAAAAUCUGGGAACGCGAGGGGUUGGGUUGAGCCGCACUUGGGGUACAGCGCGGACCUUCUACUAGGACUCCGGCCCUGCAUCUGAUCAGCCCCGUGGCCUCUCGCGUUUACUACCAUGGAGCCGCGGUCUCGUCUCGGGGCCACCUGUUUGCUGGGCUUCAGUUUCCUGCUCCUGGUCACCUCUUCUGAUGGACAUACUGGGCUUGGAAAGGGUUUUGGAGAUCACAUUCAUUGGAGAACACUAGAAGAUGGGAAGAGAGAAGCAGCUGCCAGCAACAAGAGGGCCUUUCAGAGUCAAAGGAGGCCGGAAGUGCUGUUUGCAUUUCCGCUUGCGUCGGACGCCGGCAACCCGGAAGUGUACGCGCGCGGUUGCACAUGGCCGCUCCCUGGAAAGAUGCCGCUUGUGGUGUUUUGCGGGCUGCCGUACAGCGGCAAGAGCCGACGCGCGGAGGAGCUCCGCGUAGCGCUGGCGGCCGAAGGCCGCGCCGUGUACGUAGUGGACGACGCGGCCGUGCUGGGCGCGGAGGACGCGACAGUGUACGGUGAUUCGGCCCGUGAGAAAGCAUUGCGUGGAGCCCUGCGAGCCGCGGUGGAGCGGCGCCUUAGUCGUCAAGAUGUGGUCAUCCUCGACUCGCUCAACUACAUCAAGGGCUUCCGCUACGAGCUCUACUGCCUGGCGCGGGCGGCUCGCACCCCUCUCUGCCUGGUCUACUGCGUACGGCCCGGCAGUCUGAACCGGGGACCUCGGGUGGACACGGAGGACAACCGAAACCUAAAUGUCAGUGUGAGUUGGCAGCCGCGCGCUGAGGAGGGAGGAAGACCUCUGGCAGCAGGCACCGGUGUCCUCAGGGGACCGCAAGCAGUGGACUCUGUAGUCAUUGGGAGAGCCCAGGCAGAUCCAAAGGAACUGGAGCCUAAGGAACUGGAGCCAGAGGAAACCGAGGCUCCAGGUCUUCCAGCUCUGGUGGCUCCGGAAUUCGAGAAAUCUGCAAAUCAUGUGUCCAGUGCUUUUUACCCUAACGAACUUCUGGAGGCACUAACGCUGCGCUUCGAGGCUCCCGACUCUCGGAACCGCUGGGACAGGCCCCUGUUCACCUUGGUGGGCUUAGAGGAGCCAUUGCCUCUGGCAGAGAUCCGGGCUGCCCUGUUUGAGAACCGGGCUCCUCCACCCCAUCAGUCUACACAGUCCCAGCCCCUUGCGUCUGGCAGCUUUCUGCACCAGUUAGAUCAGGUCACUAGACAAGUGUUGGCGGGACUGAUGGAAGCACAGAAGAGUGCAGUCCCUGGAGACCUGCUCAAGCUUCCUGGCAUCACGGAGCACCUUCGGUUUACCAGGCCCUUGACCAUGGCAGAACUGAGUCGCCUCCGACGCCAGUUUAUUUCCUACACCAAAAUGCAUCCCAACAAUGAGAACCUGCCUCAGCUGGCCAGUAUGUUUCUGCAGUAUCUGAGCCAGAGCUUGCACUAACCAGAGGGGGUAGAGGGAAAAGCCAUUGCUCCCUGUCUAACCUUCACUGCAUUGUGUUUCUCUUCGACGAUGAAUAUGAAUAUCUGCAGAGCAUAUUGAUGUGUGGCACUGGAGUUAAUUGUGACUGAUUCACUCACACUUUCCGGAAUGCCUCUGUGCCAGGCCUUGAGUUUGGAGGAUCUUGGGAAAUUUCUCCAGAAGAUAGAGCUCAAGUGGACAGGGCUUGCUUAGAUUGGAUUUUACUUGGGGUAUCACACAAUAUGGAUUCCCCUCCUCCCCCAUCUGAACUGUGGGAGAGCAGACUGAUGAGUGAAUUGUUUAAAACAAUUGUGAACAGAAGCUGAAGACGGCACAGUUCUGUAUCUGCACUGGCCUUCUUACAUACCACAAAUAGUUUUUUUGCAUACUGUACCUAAACUUUUUGCUAGUCUCUAUCCUGGGGCCUGGGGUCACAGAUAAAUCCACUGGUUUCUGUCCUUGGGAAGCUUUGCUUCUAGUGGAAGUGAAAUACAUAAUCACUAGAUUAUUUUAUCUAAUAAAAUUAUUAGAUCUUUCAGAAGAAGAGAGUUGGCUGGAAUCUCUUUCACUUAAUGUAACUUAAUGUCCUUCUUGUAACGUAUUUAAUAUAACAGUUUAGAUACACAUAUAUUACUGUUUUGUCUUUGAAAUAGUACUUCAGUAGUGCUUAGUGAGAGACUAGAUGUCUAUAACUUGUGCUUCAUUCUGUAUAUCAAGGAAAUGGGCGUUUUUAAGCUUGUCUUUCAUUCUUUUCAUUGAUUUCAUUAAACAAAUGGUAGGUACCUACCAGUGCUUGUGAUUUUUAAAGAUAAAUUAGGUAUAGUCUUUGCCCCUGAGAAGUUAAUAGUUUAGUGAGAAAUACAAGUAAACAUAAUUACAGGAUGUAAGGAGCUGGUGGUUAGAGGAUAAUGACAGAAUGCUUUGGGAGCCCAGAGGACAAAAGGACUAACUAGCUGUUGAGAGAAGGUGGUUUUGCAAAGGUUUCACAGAGGAAUUAAUAUGUGAACUUGUCACUCUAGAGCAAAGGUCAGCAAAGGGCCAAAUAUUUUAGGCUUUGUGGACUAUAUGGUCUCUGUUGUAACUUACCAGCUUUGCCAUUGUAGUACAAAAGCAGUCAUAGACAGUAAGUAUAAAAAUGGGUAAAUGUUUUUAUAGAACUAUGUACACUGAAAUGUGAAUUAUAUUUAAUUUUAACAUAUCACAAGGCACUAUUCUUUAGACUUGUUUUUCAACCAUUUAAAAAUGUAAAAAAAAAAAAAUUGUAUUUCACAGCCCUACAGAAGUAGGCAGUGGGCUGGCUGGAUCAGGCCUGCCAGUUGUAAUUUGCUGACCUCUGCUCUCAGAAGGCUGAGUAGGAGUUUGCUUGGAAGAAAGGAGGGAGCAAGACAUUCUAAACUCUGAAUGUAUGCAGCUGCUAAAAGGAUGGGCUGCCUUGGUUGGUGAUGUAUUUCUUGCUCAUCAGGCAGUCGACCACUUUUUGUUUCUGAUAUAUGAGAGAGGAUUCCUGCGUGAAAUAGAGAUUUGGACUAGGAAAUCUCUUGAAGUCCUUUUCCAACCUUCAUUCUCUGAUUCAAAGCUGAUUGUUGUUUGAGUUUGGUAUAUAAACCUAUGAAUUCUGGGUUGCCAUUCUAAACUGAAGUAGACAAUAUUCAGAACAGUAGUUCUGGAGUCAGACUGAUGAAUUAGUAAGUGGCAGAACCUAGAUUUUAUGUGGCCAAAUAUUUAAUCUCUCGGGAGUCUCAGUUUUCUCGUUUCUAUUAGGAGACCAUUAAUAAUACCUGCUUUUAGGAUUGUUGUGAGGAUUUAAAUGAGAUGAUGCAUAUAAAGCACAUAGAACAAUGUAUAAUAAAUGUUUAGCACAUUUUGGGCAUUAGUAUAGUUACCUACCUAGAUCCCACUUCUCACCUAAGCUUGCCUUGUUCAUUUGGUUUGUAAUCUUUUACAAGUGUUAGAGGCAGAAGUCCAUUCCCAAUUUGUAGUAAGCCUGUGAUGAGAUAGCUGAAUACUUCAUCUGACACUUAGUAAAUUAAUUAGUUUAUGUAUAUUUAGAAUAGUGCCUAGUACAUAGUAAUUGUUAUAUAAGUGUUUGCAAUCAAUAUUAUUGUAUGUGCUGGGUGUAGGGGAUAUAGAGACAGCUAAGAGUUCCUUUAGGAAGCUCCAAGUCUGGUGGGAGGAGAUGGGUAAUAGAUCUAGAUCAGUGUAGUAAAUGCAGUGUUAUACAGAGUUAUGGAGGUAUGGUGAAAUGGGAGUCGGAUGAUGGCUGCUUACCUAGGACCCUCCUACAAAUUGGCAUUUGAGCCUUGAGAGCUUAAAGAGCAUCUGGCUAAGACUGGUUCAGGUGGCUUGUAUUUCUCAUUAUUUAAAAAAAAAAGAAAAAGUUUUUUCCUCCCUGAUUAUAAAAAUUACAUUUAAUCAUUGAAAAAUUGGAAAUACAGAAAAAGUAUAGUAAAAUCCACAAUCCCAUUACCCAGCGAUAACUGCUAUUAUGUUUUGGUACAUUUCCUCUGGGCUCUUUUCUUCAUACAUAUUUGUAUAAUUAAAACCAAACUACAGAUAAUACUUUUAUAAUAAAGUUUUUAAUUUAUACCAAUGAAAAUUUUUAUUAACAUUUUCAUUGGUUAUAUGAUCAUAACAUUUAGAAAUACUCUAAUUUGAUGUUUUCUUCUACAGCCUUUUCUCCCUAGCAUUAAAGCCCAAAUUUGCAAAGUUUACAGGAAUAUCAGAACUUUCCAAUAAUUUUGUUAUAAUAAUCUGUUUUUGAAUAGGUUGUCUUAAAAUUUUCCCACUUGAAAUGGUACUACAUGAAUGUCUUUGUACAUUUGUCUUCAUAAGUUGGUCAUUGUAUAAGGAUAGAUUUCGAGUGGAAUUUACUAGAUUAUAUU